AGUCAGGUACAUGCACGAAACGCACGUGUACGCGACGGAGUCACCGAUAUUUACGCCGUACACAAUCGAGCCGAAGGUAACAUAGUGAAAUUGCUCCGGAUCAGCAUUGAAGUUUCGGCUCGAUUGGUGGACAAAAAGUGCAGGUGUGCAGAUAAUGCACGAUAAUCCCAGUCGAAAUAAAAAAUUUCUGUCCGUACGAAGCACAAGGGCCAUCAAAAGUCAGCUGCCAUCGAAUCGCAUAGCUUCUGUACGACAGAAUCGAACGAUCGCCGAUAGAGCGUGUGUGUGUGUGUGUGCGCGCGUUAUAUACGCAUGACGUCGAGCACGUGUUGGCGCGCCACCUCUCCAUAAACACGCGGGCCGCGCAGUAUAUAGUAGGUAUUAGACCGAGCGGCGUCCUGACUCGACGGAUUCCGGAUCGCGCGAUCGCAGUCGUUGCCUCGUCGUCCUCGGUGACUGUUGCUCGCGAGACGUUAUCACCGUAGAGCUAUUUGUUGUCAUAUCGGCCGACCGUGUGUACCUGCUUACAAGAUGAAUCGCCGAUACGUCAACGGAAAUGGAAAUCAAAGCCAGCAUCCGGUGCUCAGAGCCUCUACUGAGGAGAGCCUGGCGUUCAUUCGGCAGUCCCUUAAAUCGGAAGAAAUGGACCAUCUCGAAGGCACGCACUUCGACAGCCACUUUCCUCACGUCUUCGUGACCCUCGGCGCCUCGGGCGACCUGGCCAAGAAGAAGAUCUACCCGACGCUCUGGUGGCUGUUCCGCGACAACCUCAUCCCGGCAGCGACGACCUUCUACGGCUACGCCAGGAGCAACCUGACGGUCGAGUCCCUGCGCGAAAAAUGCGAGCAGUACAUGAAGGUCAAGCCCGGCGAGGAGGAGCGUUACGAGGAGUUCUGGCGGCUCAAUCACUACGUCGCCGGCUCCUACGACACCGAGGAGGACUUUGUCAAGCUGAACAAGCUCAUCGAGAGACACGAGAACGGACACACCUGCGCCAACAGGCUCUUCUACCUGGCCCUGCCGCCGUCCGUCUUCGAAGCCGUGACCGUCCACAUCAGGCACACCUGCAUGGGGCCCAAAGGCUGGACGAGGAUAAUCAUCGAGAAGCCCUUCGGCCGUGACGCCGCCACCUCCCAAAUGCUCACCGACCACUUGGCGGCCCUUUUCAAGGAAGAGCAGCUCUACCGUAUCGACCACUAUCUCGGCAAGGAGAUGGUUCAGAAUCUGAUGACGCUGCGUUUCGGCAACCGCAUCUUCAGCCCGACCUGGAACCGCGAGAACGUCGCCUCGGUGCAGAUCACGUUCAAGGAGCCGUUCGGCACUCAGGGCAGGGGCGGCUACUUCGACGAGUUCGGAAUCAUCAGGGACGUCAUGCAGAACCACUUGCUGCAGAUCUUGUCGCUCGUCGCCAUGGAGAAGCCUGCUUCCUGUCACCCCGACGAUAUCAGAAACGAAAAAGUGAAGGUGCUCAGGUGCAUGAAGCCCGUCAGCCUCGACGAGGUCGUGCUGGGACAGUACGUGGGCGAUCCGGAGUCGAGCGAUCCCGAGGCGAGGCUGGGUUACCUGGACGACAGGACGGUGCCCCCUGGCUCGAACACGCCGACCUACGCCAUGGCCGCGCUCAAGAUCAACAACGAGCGCUGGGACGGCGUCCCCUUCAUUCUUAAAUGCGGCAAAGCUCUGAACGAGAGGAAGGCCGAGGUGAGGAUCCAGUACCAAGAUGUGCCGGGCGACAUUUUCGACGGUAAGGGCAAGAGAAACGAGCUGGUCAUAAGAGUCCAGCCGGGAGAGGCACUGUACAUUAAGAUGAUGACCAAGUCGCCCGGCAUCACGUUCGACAUGGAGGAGACAGAGCUUGACUUGACCUACGGCAGCAGAUACAAGGGUCUCAAACUGCCUGACGCUUACGAAAGACUGAUUCUGGAUGUUUUCUGCGGCUCUCAGAUGCACUUCGUGCGCAGCGACGAGCUCAGCGAGGCUUGGAGAAUCUUCACGCCCCUGCUUCACCAGAUCGAGAAACAGAAUAUCCGUCCCAUCCCGUACAAAUAUGGCUCGCGCGGACCAAAAGAAGCCGACGAGAUGGCCAAAGCUAACAACUUUGCCUACUACGGAUCGUACAAAUGGGUACGGCCGCACUGUUGAAGAGCUUCGUAUACUGUCAAAAAUGAAAAAAAUCUGUGAUCACUAUACAUACCUGGAAACAUUAUCAUGCAUUUUCACGAGAAAGGGAUCUAAAAUUCUUCAUACUUUUAGAUUUACGUACGAUUAUAUAUAUAUAUAUAUAUAUAUAUUUACGUAUUGUAAGCUAAAUAUUUAUAUUCUUGCAAAUGAAGAUUUUGCAAAAGUGUAUUUUUGUAAAAAGUGCAUGGAUGCUAAUAUAUGUUUAGUGUUUGAAAUUAGCGUUAAAAAAGGAUAGUUUAUAUAAAUUUAUGUGCACCGUUAACACAACUGAUGUAUAUAUAAAUAUUAUAGUAAUUUUGAUAACAUUACGUGUGAUACACAAAAAUAAAAAAAUGCCUUAACGCGUUAGCAAAGAAAAUUUGGUAACUCUGUUAUAUCUACAGCGACGAUCUGUUGGGGUGCAACUGAAUUUUUUUUCAAAUAAAAAAUGCAGUAUUUGAUUAUUAUAACGAA